CAUGUCACCGAAGCCUUUAAAAGGGAGGAGUUAGCUCGCUUCAAAGGCUCUUAGCAGAGACAGGCGGGGCAGAGGCAGGGGCACUGUGGGCUGCAGCUGUCAGAGGUUUUACCUGCUGCGUGGUCCUGGGGAGAAGUCGGCUGCCACCUCUAGGCGCCCUGUUUGUAAACAGCAAAGGUCAGCACUGUCACCAUGAACAAGGUGAAGAAUUUUAAGCGUCGAUUCUCCCUCUCUGUCCCACGGCCAGAAACUAUUGAGGAAAUGACAGAGCAAUAUAAUCAUCUGAAUAGCCGGUGUGGUGGAGGCCUUGGUCAUUCCCACUUGCAGGUGGCACAGCUGAGCCCGGGAACUGCUGCCCUGUCUCCAUCAGAUGGUGAGGGUUUGUCUCCAACUGCACUAAAUUAUAGGAAGACUGUUCAGCGCCGUCUCUCCAUGGAGGAUGUCAGCAAGAGACUUUCUCUACCAAUGGAUAUGCGGUUGCCCCCAGAGCUUCUGGACAAGCUGCAAAUAAACAGUCCAAAUGAUGACCCAAAACCCCUGAGUCGAUUACUAAGAAGAGCUUCUCUGUCUGACAUUGGGUUUGGAAAACUGGAGACAUACAUAAAGCUGGACAAACUGGGAGAGGGAACCUAUGCCACUGUCUUUAAAGGUCGCAGCAAGCUUACAGGGAACUUGGUAGCCCUGAAAGAAAUAAGACUGGAGCAUGAGGAAGGAGCACCCUGCACAGCAAUCAGAGAAGUUUCGCUCCUGAAGAAUCUUAAACAUUCCAACAUUGUAACACUGCAUGACAUCAUCCACACAGAAUACUGUCUCACUCUUGUAUUCGAGUACUUGGACAGUGACUUAAAACAGUACCUAGAUAACUGUGGAAACCUCAUGUGCAUGCACAAUGUCAAGAUCUUCAUGUUCCAGCUGCUUCGUGGUCUAUCUUAUUGCCACAGAAGGAAAAUCCUGCACAGGGAUCUCAAACCACAGAAUCUGCUGAUAAAUGAGAAGGGAGAAUUAAAGCUGGCAGACUUUGGCCUUGCGAGAGCCAAGUCAGUACCCACCAAGACCUACUCCAAUGAAGUGGUGACACUCUGGUACAGACCCCCUGAUGUUCUACUAGGUUCCACUGAGUACAGUACACCCAUUGAUAUGUGGGGAGUUGGAUGCAUUCUAUAUGAAAUGGCAACAGGACGGCCAAUGUUUCCAGGAUCUACGGUGAAAGAGGAACUGCAUUUAAUAUUCAGAUUAUUAGGAACCCCUAUAGAGGAGACAUGGCCAGGAAUAUCUUCUAAUAAAGAGUUUAAAGGCUAUGGCUUCCCUCAAUAUCGAGAGCAGCCACUGAAAAAUCAUACUCCAAGGCUUGAUACAGAUGGGAUUGAUCUGCUUAGUAGCCUCUUGCUAUAUGAGGACAAGAAGAGAGUCUCUGCAGACAUGGGGCUCAGGCACCCGUAUUUCAAAACUAUGGGGGACCAAGUACUCACCUUACCUGACAAUGCAUCAAUCUUCACACUUAAAGAGAUUCAACUACAGAAAGAUCCAGGGCACCGUAGCUCAAUUUUUCACCAUACAGCUCGAGGGAAGACCAGAAGACAGAGUAUAUUUUAAAGGUGGCAUUGGAUGAACUGAGAGCUCCCUAAAGAGCCCUGCCCUUGAUCCUUCUUCCCAAGACACUAGCAGUGAUACAGUAUACACCUUUAAGUAUUAGCUAGAACUUGCCCUGCUGCAAUGCGUCUUGUGCCAAAUGUAAUUAACUGGGUAUAGGUGGUCAUGUUCAGGGACCAGAGGACAGUUAAGAGAUGAGUUUCUUUUCUUCCAGACCCCACUAAAGCCUUACUUUAACUAUAUAGAUCAAAAAGGACAGAGUAAAAUUACUUAGUAAUAUUUAAAAAAGGAGAUUUUUUAUUCAGGGUAGAAAUGGUAGUUGGUCCUUUUUGAACUGCAGAAAUAUUUCUGAGACUUCUAACUGCAUCCUGUGCUCUCACAUUCCACCGAUAAAAAAUAGUACUGAAAUGAACAGCAAAACUUCUUACCACAGAUCUGAGCCAAGAAGAGUAAAUGGUAUCUUCCAUUAUUCCAGUAUUUUCUAUUGAAUCCUUUUAUACCAAGAGACAAGAAUGCAUUCCAAAUUCUAUUAAUCGUAUGGUGGAAUCAAAUAAGUUAUAAAAGAAUAUAUGUAUAUUUUUCUAGUUUUGACAACCGGCUUCAAAGUGCAGAUUCCAGGUGCCACGUUGUACCAUAAAGUCACAUGUUCCAUGUAAAGCAGUGAUAACCUGGUAUUCUGAGCUAUAUAAGAUUUAUUAGCAUUUAACUGCUUUAAUUUUCUUUUUGCUAAAGGUAAAAAAAUUAAAAAAUUUUUAAUGUGACAUAAAUCAAAAAAUAUUCUCUAACAAACUUCACACAAAUGGGAUAUGCACACCUACAGUCUUACUAAACUGUGUUCUGUUAGGCCUUCAUAUUAAAAAUAUUUUGCUU